AUGAAGAUUUUUAUUUAUGGAAGUUUUAUUCUUAGUUGGUUAAGUAUUUAUGUUUAUUCAUUUGGUCAUUCAUUAUUACCACUUUUUUAUCUUGAUCCAUCAUAUAUAAAUAUAAAUCAUGGUUCAGCGCCCAAAUAUGUUCAUGAAAAACUUCAAGAAUAUCAAUUAGAAGCUGAACAUAAUUCUGAUCGAUGGUUUUGUUUAGAUGUUCAAGUUGCAAUGGAAAAAUUACGACAAAAAUUAAAUAAAUAUGUUAAUUGUGAUCCAGAUGAUCUUGUUAUAGUUGAUAAUACAUCCGCUGCCAUAAAUUCAAUUCUUAAAUCAUUAAAAUUAAAAUCGAAUGAAACUAUUUUAUAUUAUAAUGUUGCAUAUGGAAUGGUUAAAUUAACAUUAGAAUAUGUUUUAACAGAAAUUUUUACACAAGAACAAAUUAUUCAAAUCGAACUUGAUCAUCAAACAAUACAAAAUACAGAUUUAUUAUUAAAAAAAAAAAAAAACUCAAAAUACAAUAAAUAA